UUAUUCAAACAUGAGGACGAUCUUUUUCUAGAGGAUAUUUGGUGUUUUUCUGAAGUGACGAGUUCAGAAAUUUUUGUUUCGGCAAAUUAAUAUAAUUUAAAUCUUUGAUAUAUAAUCUUUAGUAAGCGACUUCUAAGAACUUUGUUAAAUGGUGUGUAAUACUAUAACGUGUUUUUUUUACUGGAUUAAAGAACAGGGCUCGCUUUUCUUUAUUGCCGAUUUUGUUUGGUUUAUCACGUCGGAGUGGAUGGGUCGAAGUUAAUACUUUUUACAUACAUUCUAAAAGUACUUCUAUUUUUUUGAUAUCAACUAAAAAAACUUGUAUGGAAGUAUAAUAUACAGUGGUCGCACAAUUAUUCGUACACUCGCAGUUUAUAAACAGAUACACCUGAUACUUUGCACGAUUAAACAAAAGAAAACACUUUUAAUAUAUACGUAAAAAAUAACAUUUAAGGAACAAAAACUUCCAAAUUCAUUUGUGGAAUUAAAUAACUUAAGUCGAAAAAUUGAACUUAUUGAUGGGUACUUUCGAAUGAUAGUCACGUGCUAACACAUUCAUCCAUGCAUCUUUUCUGAGAGGGUUUUCCACAGAAAUGGAAGAUUCAGAUACUGGGAAUUUAAAAACACUGGGUGUCCCACCCAGUAUCCCACUGUCGUCCAUCCAUCUGACAGCACAAUUGAAGGUUUUCCUGUUUAGGUAACUAUGUAUGUAGAGAUAACGCUAUUUUAUUUGGUUUAAUAACACUUUAUUCAUUUAAAAUGUAAUACGGUAUUUUUAUCGAUUUUAAUGAUUAUAAUGAAAUAGCGGGAGUUAAUAUUGAUAUGUAUCGGUGGACUAUUACGUUUAAGUGUGUCCAGUCAUCUUCUGUUCGGUUAAUAUUUGGUAAGUAAAGUUUGUAGUGUCCCAUCGCAGCAUUGUCGGCUAGUGUGGAUUGCCAUUUGCCUAUUACCCGUAUUCACAUCCGGCUGUCUUGACCUUUCGUUCGACCCGAACAAUAGCAUCUAUGGUUGCACGAAUUCGGCUAAGUGACUCUAGAUAUAAGAUCUUCAUUCUCAUCAACCUUAUUGGAUCGAUUAUAACGGUUCUCUUCUGGCAUUGUAAUAAUAUUGUUGCUCUUAAAAAUAUUUACUUACGGGUACACUCGUGUGUUUCUAUGCUUUCAAUGAAACUAUUUAGCUCUGGUACUUCCGUUCUGGCAAUUCCAUUCUAACAAACUGCAUUGUAUGGACUCAUAAGAUUUAAAAUACGAUAUAUAUUCAAUAACAAAUAACAAAUAAUAUAUUCACCUCCACGAGUCUUAUUCGGGCAGUCGCCGCGUUAAGAACGAAUAUCAUAAUCGGUGUGUUAGUAACUAGAAGUUAUAGUGAUAUUUUCGUGGUAGAGAAAAAACGUUGUUUCUUUUUUUCCAUUCGAAAUAAAAAUUACACACGUAUUCUGUACUGAACUAAAUUCAAAAUGAGUGGGGUUGACCACCCCAACAGAAACCGGUUCCGAGACCUCGAUCCGGAGAACCCCCCAGGAAAACGACUAAAAAAAACUGAGACGAACUUUAUGUACCUACCAGAACAUAAACAAUCCGACGACCACAUUCCCCGUUAUCUUGUGGCAGCGGCAACGAGCCCAAUUGUGGAAGACGGCAUACGUUCACUCUCCAAAUACAAUGUGUUCCAAACUGAGAGAGGAUUAAAGCACAUAAGCACUGAAUACACUCCUGUAUCAGAACUUAAAUCUGGAGAUCUACUCAUCAAAACAAAUAACCUAAAAGCGGCUGAAAAAUUCAUGAAAGCCACCCACAUCGGAGUAAUCCCCGUCAAAAUUACAUCGCACAAAACACUCAAUACCAUUCAAGGAAGAGAAGUGGUGGAAGGUUUGGCUAAACAAAAAGUCGUCGAGGUGAAGAAGAUUAUGAAGAAAGUCGAGGACAUACUAGCUCCAACCGGCGCCGCAGUGAUAACUUUCGAUCUAAUAUGCAGACCUGACACACUCAUGCUAGGUUGGGUAAGAGUUCGCGUGCAGGAACACAUUCCAAAUCCCAUGAGAUGCCAAAUGUGUCAAAAGCUAGGGCACACCAAAAAAUUGUGCAUAGGCGUAGAACUAUGCAAAGAAUGCGCAGAACCACCACCACAUGAAACUUGCCAGAAAAAAUUCUGUGUGAACUGUAACAAUGACAGACACGCUACCAGCGAUCCCGCAUGUCCAAGCUAUCUCAAACACAAAGCAAUAAAUAAAAUAAAAAUUGAAAACCGGUGCACAGUAAGACAAGCAUGGAAAUUAUUCAAUACAAACCCAUCUGCCUACGAAAUAGAACCGUUUCAAAAACCAACAACAGCACAAAUAGUCAAAAACAAUAUCACAACUACAAAAAAUAUAAAAAGUCUAAACAAAAACAACAACCAAACUGCGCCAACAACAUCAAAUACAACAAUAAGCAACGAAGAACUAUCAAGCGAAACUGUACAAAAUCAAAAGAAUGCAUCUACUUCUAUUACAACACCAAUUACAACGAAACCAAAUACACAAACUCAAAACAUCACGCCAUCAUCAUCUACUACUACAAAAGAAAUUGAAAAAACACAAACAGAAAACAAUGAAAUUGAAUUUUCGUCUUCAGAAAGUGUGUGACAUUGAAAUAUCACCAUGCUCUCAACUUUAUAAGAGAUUUCCAGAUCUCAAAACCAUCAUCACUCCUAAAACAUACAAACACACACUUCCAGUCUCAAACCAACAGCAAUAAAUUAAAUAAAUACAAAACACUCAACCAAAAACAAAACAAAAAUAAUCAUAACCUUGACACAAAUGGAUAUUGGUAUUAACUUAUCAAUAUUACAGUGGAACAUACAAGGAUACUCAAAUAACAAAUUUGCACUCGAAUACCUCGUACACAAACGUAAGCCAGACGUUCUACUCUUACAAGAAACGCUCAUUGUACAAAAAAAUCUGAAUUUUUUGAACUUACCAAACUACAACGCCUAUCAUCACAACAAAACAUCUCCAUAUGCCAAAUCCGGUAUAGCGAUUUUGGUAAAAAAUACAGUCAAUACGUCCAAUCACAGGACUUCUACUAGUAAUCUUCUACAUCAGACAAUUACAGUACACGGGGUAAAAGACUUGCACAUUACAAAUAAAUACAAAGAAACUGAUGUGAACUUAACUACACAACUUCUCGACGACAUACCCGAAAUAAACACAGGUCACCACCUCAUAGGAGGUGACUUAAACGCCCAAAACACCUUAUGGGGUUCGAAAUACUGUUCAAGAAGUGGUGCACUGUGGGAACAAUUCGCAGAUCGACGAAAUCUUACCAUUAUGAAUGGCGGAUCGCCAACACUUUUAAACACAAGGAACACUCUCAUAACUAAUACCGGACCAAAAUACCUCAAAAAAGUUGAAAAGCGAUUCCAGGAACGUAAAGCCAACUGGGAUCUGUUCAAGGGGAAAAAUGACAUCCUACACCAUCAAUUUGAACAAACUAGAAACGUGAAUAAGGAAGCGGCACAGAUCAAAAAAAUAAUUCGGAAAUCUUCCAACGAAUCUAUGCCACUUAACCAACCCCUCAAACAAAACGAAGCACCAAUUUGGUUCAACUCCGAAAUAAGCAAGCUAGUGAUUCUAAAAAACAAAGCAUGGCAGAAGUUUAAAGCGAAAAAAACUCCAGUAAGUAGUCUAAACUACAAAAAGAUCUCAGCUCAAGUUAGAAGAGCAUGCAAACAGGCUAAAAAGGAAACAUGGACUUGUUUUGUUAACUCACUUAACCCUACCCUUGACACAAAAACAAUUUGGACCAAGGUAAAAAAGAUAAAAUCAUCCAAAACACUGGACUUCCCUCCCAUUUUUGAAAAUAAUGACAUACAUUCACACCCAGAGGUAAUAGCUGAGAAAUUCGCUAAUUUAUGGAGUUCAAUAGCAUCAAACGAUAAUUUCAGUCCUCAAUUAAUCCACGAAAAAACACAAAUAAACUUCAGCAAUGUUUGCGACAACAAUACCACUAAUGGAAAAUGAACGAAGUAACAUUGAUCGAAUUAAAUCUCACUCUCCAGCGUGUGAAAGGAAAGACACCCGGAAAUGAUAAAAUCACUUACUCCAUGAUCAAAAACGCAUCGACCAUAAUCAAAAACCGCUUAUGCGAGCUUUACAGUGAAAUCCUCAGAACUGGAACAUAUCCACACGACUGGAAGCAUGCAACACUCACACCAAUAUCAAAAGCUGGAAAAACUCAGAACUCCACGGAAGGUUAUCGUCCUAUUUCCUUAAUAACAGUCCUAGCAAAAAUUUUGGACAAAAUAAUAACGCAAAGGCUCUGGAAAGUUUAUGGACACAACAUUCACGCAUCGCAACACGCAUACAAAGCCGGGCACGGAGUACAUACCCUUUGUCACCUUCUUCUUUCUUCUUAAUUGGCGCGAUAACCGCUUAUGCGAUUUUGGCCGAGUUUAACAAAGCGCGCCAGUCGUUUCUUUCUCGUGCUAACCGGCGCCAAUUGGACACACCAAGUGAAGCCAAGUCCUUCUCCACCUGAUCUUUCCAACGCAGAGGAGGCCUUCCUCUUCCUCUACUACCACCAGCUGGUACCGCAUCGAAUACUUUCAAAGCCGGAGCGUUUGUAUCCAUUCGGACGACAUGACCCAGCCAACGAAGCCGCUGGAUCUUUAUUCGCUGCGCUAUGUCUAUGUCGUCGUAAAGCUCAUACAGCUCAUCGUUCCAUCGUCUGCGAUAUUCGCCGUUGCCAACGUGCAAAGGUCCAAAAAUCUUACGCAGAAUCUUUCUCUCGAACACUCCAAGCGUCGCUUCAUCGGAUGUUGUCAUCGUCCAAGCUUCUGCGCCAUACGUUAGGACGUUGAAGCAAAUACGAAAACCUGCCUGGGAAAUCAGAACCACAAUGUCAUAGUUUCUGAAGAUAUCGAGAAGGCAUUUGACAGGGUCAUAUCAACACACGUAAUAAAAGAAUUAAAUAUAUGGGGUGUACCCCAAAUGCUUUUAAAGCUUAUACUAUCCUUCCUUUCACAUAGAAGGAUCACCGUCAAAGUCGACGGGUACUUCUCACGCCCCUUUACUCUCAACAAUGGCAUCCCACAAGGUUCACCUCUGUCAGUAUUCCUCUUCAGCGCAUACACAAACACACUUUCCAAGUUGGUUAAUAACACACCCGGUGUAAACUUUAUAGGGAUAUUAGACAACAUAUUUGCACUAGUCUCAGGAGCCGAAGCUGAAGUUCAACAAAACUUGAAUAAUCUGGACAGGAAGAUACAAAACUGGGCAAACAUGACAGGAGCACUGAUUCCAGCUAACAAGAUAGAAGCCCUGCACAUAUGCAGGAAAAGAAGCUGCCACGCAAAUAAUAUUACAAUUAGAAACACCACGAUAACAUUACAAAGCAAUAUGAGAAUUUUAGGUGUCACUUUCUCUAGAAAUGCUCUUUGGAAUGACCACGUCAAAAAUAUAGUUAACAAACUUAGCAAGGUGCACAACGUGCUGAAGAUAAUAUGCACAAAGAAAAAAGGCCCACAUAUGGAUACGGCACUCGCAAUAUGUUGAUCUUUAGCCGAAGGAGCAGUACAGCACUGCGUGACCCUAUACGGAUGGACAUCCGAGGCAAAUAAAAGCAAAAUAAACACAGCCAUGAACAAUUGUUUCAGAACAGCGUCUGGGCUACUAAUAUCAACACCGCUAGAUGCCACCAGAAUAGAGGCAUGUUUUAAAGAUUUCGACUGGCUACUGAACUCCAGGUCUAUAAAUAUGGCGGAAAAGGCUCUAACAUCUCCCGCACACGCUCUGCAUACAGAAUUCUCGAACGUAAUAAACAAAAAUCAAAACAAAGAAAAAAUAAACAGAAGUUGGUGUAGCAUUAGAUUGAUAGCAACGAAAAUGCGGAGAACAAACAUACCAAUACCGGCCAAACCCAUAGAACAGAUCACAGCACAUUCAAAAUUAAUAAUUGACAUCUCCUUAAGUAGACAAAAAAAAACAACACCAACGCAAUCAUCUACCAACAAGAAUUUCUAGAAUACAAAAAUAGGCACGCUCCAGAUAUAACCAUAUAUACAGACGGUUCCCUGCUCGACGAAACAGCAACAUACGCAGUAGUCGAACAAAACUCUAAGGAUGAAUACAAUGUCGUUCACGAAUCACUAUUACCACCUAAUACUGGAAUUCACAUCGCGGAACUAGGCAGCCAUACGAUUUGCAGCACACCAUGUAGCACCAAAACAUAAUUGUGCACUAAUAUGCACCGACAGCCUCAGCGUAGCUGUAUUUCUUCUUAAUGAAAACAGCGAGCAGUUCACAUAUCUUACAAAUGGUCUGCCAGGCCAAGCAAAUAUUACAGGGUUAUGGAUACCAGGUCACUCAGGGAUAAAAGGAAACGAGCUAGCCGAUGAUGCCGCCAAAAAUGCCAGGAAGUUGCCGUUAAUAUCAGAAGUUCCAUGUUUAAGAACGAUUAUCAUAAAUUAUUAUAAAAAAUACGUCCAAGAGAAUGAAAAUCAAAAAUGGUCUCUAUCAGAAUCCUUUUUGAACAAACACAACACCGGCAUCGACCGACCCAAAUACAACCCAAACUUAUCCAUAACAGAUUGCAUAAUCAUGGCCCGCAUGAGAGUUGGUGUAACAAAGUUCUCAUCCCAACAUUACUUUCAACAGUCAAGGCCAUUAGAAUGCGCAUGGUGCUCAACCAUCCUCAGCGUUGAACAUAUACUCAAACAGUGUCCAGUAUCAGGAGACCAAAACAUCAAUCUAACAAAAGCCCUAAACUGUAGCCAGGAAAGUGCUAUGAAAAUCCUUAAAGAUGCUCUUAGUGUACAUAACUUACUUCAUGAAGUGUAAAUCAGUUUUCCUUGGGGCAAUAUGGCCUUAGUUGCCCAGCCCCAACAUAUACCUUAUAAAUUUAUUUAUAAAGUAUAGAAUAAAUAAAUAAAUAUUCACCUCCAUUAGCUACAAUGGCUUCACAUCUUCGAAUCAUACUUUAUGUUAAUUUCUGAUGUGAAGGUAAUCGGCUCCAAAUCAGCCGAAUUUGCCUUGAUAACUGUUUGAUCGUCCAUAUUUGUUUUCCUUUGAGUUUUUGAUUAACUAUUGCCCAAACCUUUUUCAAUAGAAUUGGCAUCAAACGACUGUGAAGGGCAAUCCAACAUUUCAAUCCCAUUUUACUGUUUCUACUCUACACACCUUUGGCUCCAAUGCAUGGGAUCGUUGUCUUCGUGUAAAAUCUCAGCUUGGCUAGUUCUUUUAAACAUCUUCGCAGCUGACUAUAAAACUGCUUUUGGGUAAAAUUCAUUCGUCAAAAGUGUGUGCAAAUUGGCGGUAAGCACAAAUAAAUGGCCAAAUUCGUUUUCGGAGAAGCAGCCCAAUACAUGAACCGUUAGAGUUUUCUAUUAUUAGCAGCACACAAGGACCGACGCAUGCAACUAUUCGCCCAAAAAGGAAGAUCUGUGGAUGUUACGUUUGGCCAAUUUUACUCUGAAUUUGCUUUAGCCCAUGCAAGUCUUUUUACAAUGAGUGGCAAUGAGAGCAGCGGUUUUUUCAAUAAGCUCCAGAGUUUUAGGUGUUCUGCAUAUAAAUGUUUCUUGGAUACUUUAACACUACUUUUCCUUAAAACCGCUUCAGCUUCAUGCACCGAUAUUCACUGAUCUUCUGAUCUUGCUUUGAAGGGGUAUCGGGGAAGUCGUUUUUAAUAUAGGUAUACUGUUUCACGUUGGCUAUGAGCGUCUACGACAUCUUCAAGUAUUAACAUAGAACCACUGCAGUAUUUUUAAGGGAACUCUAAAUUUUUAUAUUGCCACUCACGCAUGGCUUUACUGCUGCACUGGUUCGAACCACGCGAGGGCGACCAUUUUUUUUUCGGUGUGUCGCUUCAGAAGUUUGGGAAAAACGAUUGACCGUAAAAUCGGUAAGCAAACAUUCUCGAAAUAUUAAGUUUUUUCAGCAAUUCGGAAAUUUCACUUGUACUUUUACCACACUUUUGUAAUGCAUUGCAAUGCGAUUUUCCUUAGCUCCCCACUCCAUUGUUAACAAGCGAAAUUCGCCACGGAACUGAGUAUAAUUUAUGAAUAGACAUAUAAACAAAAGCAAAAAUAACGGAACUUUUUCAGCGAGUUUGUUUUCGCCAUAUACAUUGUACAAUUUGUCACAGAAUUUAUGGCCAAACUACGUACACUCCCAAUAAAUUGAGUUUCUCUAUUCAUUCAAGUACUAGUGAGAUUGGAUUAGAUUCGAUUUGUGGGGGUUGGACAAGUCCAAGCACUCAGUCAGUAGACCACUUUACUGCACCCGGGUAGAAAUCAGUAGAAAGAAUAGAGAUAGGAAAGAUAGAAGGUGGAUGGUAAAAACGGAUAGAUUAGUUUGAGGUCACUCUUCCACAAAUCUCUUGGAUUCAUUGAUGAAUUUUAAGAGAUCCGGAAGAGGAAGAGUAUGAACUUUGUCCAUACUCAGUGUAUCGCAACUCAAUAUCCUAAGUCUGAUUCUGGCAAAUGCAGGACAGCUACAGAAAAAAUGCUCUACAGUGUCGUCAUUUUCCAGACAGGAUAGACAUAUCGGGCUGUCUACGACCCCCAUGGUGGCCAUAUGCUGACCACAGACGUUGUGCCCUGUGGUUGCACUCACCAGUCUCUCAGGUCCUUCCUCUUGAGUUUUAGGAGGAAGGUCGCUGUUUUCCUGUUUGGUUCUUUCACAAAGCAUCGAUCGAUCGAAUCGAUGCGGAAUUGACACCUAGAAAGGGAUCGGGGCCUAGUGGUAUACUUGCAGGGCCUUCAUUUGCCAAUUUAUCAGCUAACUCGUUCGCUGCAAUACCACAAUGUCCAGGCACCCAAAUAAGACUAACUUUGUUGUGUUCUGCAACACUGUUCAGUUUUGUCUUACAUUCACCGACUAACCACGCUGGGUUAGCACGGGCCUUCACUUCAGCUUGACUGUCACUAUAAAUUCCAAUACUGUUGCCCCGCCACUUUUUCUCAAUUAGCCAGUACGCCACAUUCAAGAUGGCAUAGACUUCCGUAAGGAAUACCGUGGCCAUCUGUCCUGUAGCAUAGGAGUACUUUGCGUCUUCGUCUAAGUACCAUCCAGAUCCGCUUCCAUUGCUGGUUUUGGAUCCGUCGGUGUAGAAAGUGUACUGGUAUCCCGUUAAUAGGUUCUCUGGACUUAGCCAUUGAUCUCUAUCUGGAAUCAAAACAUCAUACUUCCUACCAAAGCUAACGACAGGCACACGAUUGUCCACCGGCAUCGAGAACAGUGUGCACCGCUCCGACAAUUGGUGGUAAAACUGACAGUGGCCAGUGCUUACUUCAUUUCCCCAGACUCCGUUUAACUUGAGCCUGUCGCCGCCUUCAUUGCUUCCUUUAGAAUUUGAAGAUCUAGGAGUUGCAAGUUCAGAAUGGCAUUAAGGGCAUCCCAGAUGUUGUGCUCAUGGCAGCUGUGAUACCCAAGCACACACUUCUCUGUAGCCUGCUUAGGGAUUUUACUCUGGAAUAAACCAUUGUGGCUUUCCACCAUACUACAGAGGCGUAUGUAAUAAUGGAUCUUAUCAGGGUGAUGUACAGCCAGCGUACUAUCGCCAGUCUUAGACCCCAUGUCUUGCCAAAGGUUCUCUUAUACUGCCAGAAGACUUUUAGUGUUCGAGACACCUUCUGCUCGACGUGCUUCUUCGAGGUAAGUUUACUAUCUAGGAUUACUCCUGGAUAUUUAACCUCAGAAGACAGUUGCAGUGUUACCCCUUUCAAUGUGGGGAGGAUGCAGUAUAAACAGCCGGCUAAAAUAGCUCGCGCAUCCCUUCGGGUCCGGCGAAGUGCAACCGUUGAAGGUGAUAGCCACCUUGUCGUUGUGCUUCGUCGGGUUCGACAGGAACCUAACGGUGGACCAGAGCUUACUCACCCCAGAGGUGAGGUUACAGGUCUUCAGGUGCUCAACCCAUUUGGUCCGUUUAUGUUGAUUUACCAGUGUCCGGAUCUCCAAAUUGAGAUCCCUUAUGCGGGGGUCCCCGGGAUCGGCCUUGCGUAGGUGGUCACGCUCGUUUGCCAAUCUGGCUGCUUCGACUGGGAAAUGAAAACGAAUGUCCUUAUAAAUUCCAGCUGGAAUGAAGCGAGCCGCAGCAGCUGUGAGCACCUUGCGGAAUGCGCGUUCGCCUACGCGCAUAUCAGUGGGGAUGGGAAGAGCACCGAAGGUGUCCUCGGUGAAUUCCGUGAAGCCGGCCCAAUUAGCUUUUUUAAAGUUAAAGUAGGACCGGUGAUUCGCGGAAACAAAGUCGGCAGGUCUCUCAAUCGAGACGAUAAUGGGCAAGUGGUCUGAUGCAAGCGAUAGCAUAGGUCGCCACGUUAUGCUAUUUAUCAGACCCGCGCUAGCUAUUGUUAGGUCAGGCGAGCUGCUGCAAUUGCCCACUACCCUGGUGGGGGGUCGUCGUUCACUGUGCUGAAUGUCGAAUCGUCUAUCUGCUCUGCCAGUUGCUGUCCCCUACGAUCAUUUGGCAGGCUUGAAUGCCAAAGAUCGUGAUGCGCAUUGAAGUCACCUACAACCAAUCGGUUUUCACCUCUGAUGAGCGCACCUAUAUCAGGGUGAUAUCCUGCCGGGUAGCAGGUGACAGGGGGUAUAUAUACGUUAAAUAUUUCGAGCUCGGAAUCGCCUGACCGGACAGCUAUGCCUUGACAUUCUAAGUUGCUGUCCCUGCGGUCGAUUCCUUCAUCGAUAAGACGAUACUGUACAGUGUGGUGGACUAUAAACGCUAGGCCACUACCGUUGUCUCGCUCGCGAUCGUGUCUGUGCACGUUAUAGCCAUCCCUGGUGAUCAGAGAUGACCUAGCGUGCAGUUUUGUUUCUUGUACCGCAGCUAUUUUAAUACUGUGCCGGCUCAUAAAGUCAACUAUUUCGUCGACCUUACUCGUAAGUCCGUUACAGUUAAAUUGGAGAAGCUUGAAGCUUCUCGGUGAGGUCUGUGUGAUUCGGGGGGUGAGGGACGCGUGGGCUUGUCUACGUUGGACCUGCUGCGCAAUCCACUGUGGUUGUUGCGGCCUGAUGGUGGUGGGCGGCCGCGCCUCCGGGGGAGGUAGUGGGUGCAGAGCUCUGCAGCAGGGGGCAACGUAGGUAGUUGUCCACUCACGGGUGGUGUGCAGGCCGGAACAUCUCCGAAAAUGGCACCAGCCAUUGCAAGAAGUACAUUGGACUGAUCCCAGAUUGCGAAGUAUUACGGUCUGACACACGGAACAGACUGUGCGGGGUAACAGGAGCUGCUGGUUUGUCCCCGC